AUGGCUUCGAGCUACACCUUGUCUGGUCCGUAUCUUCGUCGCAAGCCCGUCCCGCCCACACUCUCCCGGGACGAUGCACCGUCUGCCGAUCUUGACCCCCGAUUCUCUGGCGCUACGACGAGCCCGAAUCACCUCUCUGCCUUCCCCACGCCCUACCACAGCAACGCCGCGUCUCCUGGCCUGGAUAAUACCAAUACCCCGGCCGAGUCUGUCCUUACUCUGAACAGCCACCUGCAACCGAGCGAAUACAGCGAACUUGGCGACCCUGACUUUUUUUUCGGCCUUGACUUCAACGACCUCGAGGGCUGCAGUCCUAGCUUCUUGGACGAAGAUAAUGUCAUACCUGCGAGUAGGACCGACAGUUUCGAAAACCCAGCGGCUUCCGCUAUUCGCGGCGGCGGCCAGACUGAGUCCCCCGACCCGCUAUCCGAAGGAACCUACCCUCUCAGUCCCGGCCAAACGGCGUCUAUACACACCGCGUCCCCUGUCUGUGACCAGAGGACCUUCCCCCGUUCACAUUCACAUUCACAUUCACAUUCACAGGUCGACCUCCUUCCCCCUUCGGUCUCACCAAGAGACCUUCAUAAACCUUUCACUUCCCACCCGACAAACAUUCCAGUCGCCCCCUUCCAUCCCGCUUCCGAACUCACCCCAGACCCCAGCCGAAGCGGCCGUUCCAGCGAGGACGGCAUCGCCGCGCCGCCUCCGCACCCUGUCAUGACUGAGCAGGUGCAGAGCCCGCGCGUAACGGUUUCGCUCUGGGGCAAGGAUGAUGCUCCAACCGCUCCAUCACUGGAGCGCACCCUCACCUUUGAUGACGACGACGACGGCGGCGACGGCGACGGCGACGGCGACGAACCCGGCAGGUCCGCCAGGGGCUUGGCAGCAGUAGGUGACCUCAUGUAUUCCGAUGCACAGGCCGCAUUCAUGCCUCCUCCUCCACCACCUCCUCCCAAACACGACGGAGACAUCAUGCGCAGUCGGGCCCCUUCUAUCUCGCACCGGGGUGGCCCUGGAGGACUUGAACCCAGCAGAAGGCCGUCCGUCGAGGUGGCGAGCGUCAAUGAGAUGGUGACACGUCGUGAGAUCGAGGAAAAGAACCAGAAUGUUGAUCAGUGGCUGUCCGACAGCUUGGUACAGAGUCCUCCACAGGAGCGUCUCCAACCGAGCCUGGGACCGUAUAACGAGCCAGCCUCUUCUGCCGACAGUCCUGACGACGGCAUUCCUUUGGGGCAUCUGACCCAGAAUAAGUUUGAAGGGGGCCAGCUCUAUAUCCUUCCCCAGGGCGGCAAUAUGGAUCAGACGGACCUGGACAUGCUACACUCGAACCACCGAUGGGGGAAUGCGCCGAUGACGUACCCCAUCCUCGACCCGAACGGAUGUCGGUUUCAGCCCGAGUCGUCCAACGCGGCCAUUGCUCGAUUCAACAGAAUGUGCCAAGAUAACGAGUCGAUCGUCUCGAGGGCGGCGACCUGGGGCACCAGACGACGUAGCUUGCCCAGCCUCAUCGACCUUGAUAUGGAAGGCAUCACUAGCGGGAGGCUUCUGAAGAAGUUGUCCAUCAGUCGGGCGGAUCGAGAGAAUGGUCGUCGCCCGAGUCUCCUAAAGGACCUGCGCGACUUCGUGCGAGGGCCAAGUGCAAGCCAGCUCCUCAAACGGGCUCGGAGUCAGCAUGAGGACGACGGGCAUGGCACCAGCGAAGAGGGCGUGGCCCCUGCCCCUGCCCCUGCCCCUGCCCCUGCCCCGGCCCCGGCCCCGGCCCUUGACAAGCGGGAGACGUUCCCCCACCUAGCACCGCCCUCCCGGUCGUCUAGCUGGGGCGCGAAGAAGAUGCCGACGCCCAGCAUCAACACCGCUCUCGUUUCCAUGGGGAACAGCGUUGCUUCCAUCGGCACCACUCACGCCCGUUCGGGCUCCAUCAGCGCCGCCCCCAACGUGUCGCCGAAGAGCCCCUUCACCGGCCUGCAGGUGAAGAACAAACUCCAAAGGCCGAGAAGCAAGUCCGACUUGCACAGGAAUACCGGCACCGGCACCGGCACCGGCGAGACGUAUUCGAAUCUCGCCGACAUGUGGCGCAAGAACGGCGGCCCUCCGGUGGCGACGCUGGCGACUGCGGUCAAGCUGGAAGCCGAAGACGAGGACCACGACGACGACGACGACGACGACGACGAAGAGCUUCGCGAGGACAGCAAUCUGAAACUGGAUGCCGGCAAGUUGAUCGAGGACAUCACACCAACGUUGGCCGGCUUCCGCGAGCACAUCAUCCGUCUCAACCCGGCCCUGGGAACACAGAAUACUUACCUGGCAGACCGCAUCGCCCACCAGCAGACGAUCCGUUACAAGGGCCUGCUCAAACUCCGGGUCAAGCACUUGCAACUCGGAGCAAACUGUCCUUGCGGCGGGCUCUGCCUUAGCUCGGGAGGUAGUGCCAGGGUCAUAGGCCAGAAAGGCGAUUCGCGGGCGUUGGACGACGCCUUAUCGGGCAGGUAUGAUGAAGCUG